AUGAACAACAGUAGGAACUGUACCUCGGUGGGGCAAGAGGGUCUGGCUGCCCUGGAGUCCGUCUCCAUCGUGACCAUCACACUCCUCGCCGGCCUGGGGAACUUCAUGAUCGUGGCGACCCUCUAUCGCAGGCCUUAUCUGCUCACACCCAGCAACAAGUUUGUGUUCAGCCUGACCCUGUCCAACCUGUUGCUGUCCAUGCUGGUGCUGCCAUUCGUGGCAGUGAGCUCGGCAAAGAAGGAGUGGGUGUUUGGGGUGGUUUGGUGUAACUUCACUGCCCUGCUGUACUUACUCAUUAGCUCGGCCAGUAUGCUCCCCCUUGGAGCUAUUGCCAUUGACAGGUACUAUGCUGUGCUUUACCCAAUGAUCUACCCCAUGAAGAUCACAGGAAACCGGGCAGUCGUCGUCAUCGCAUACGUGUGGCUACACUCCCUGGUGGGCUGUCUGCCUCCUCUGUUUGGGUGGUCCUCCUUCGAGUUUGACUGCUACAAGUGGACCUGUGUUGCUUCUUGGCACAGAGAGCCCAGCUACACGGCCUUCUGGGUCACCUGGUGCAUCCUUCCCCCCUUAUUCAUCAUGCUGACCUGUUACGGUGUAAUCUUCCGUGUUGCACGCAUGAAAGCCAGGAAAGUACACUGUGGGACGGUUGUUGUGACCAACGACGGCUCCAAUGGAGCUCAGAAGAAUGGACGAAAAAACUCAAGCACCUCGACUUCUUCUAAUGGGAGCCGGCGGAGCCUGGUGUAUGCAGGGAGUCAGUGCAAGGCCUUUGUCACCAUCUUAGUAGUCAUCGGCACCUUCUUUAUAUCAUGGGGGCCAUAUGUUGUGGUGGUGUGUACGGAGGCUAUUUGGGGACAAGGGAGUGUUUCUCAGGGACUGGAGACUUUGGUAGCGUGGCUCUCUUUCUGCAGCGCAGUAUGCCACCCGCUCAUCUAUGGUCUGUGGAAUAAAACGGUGAGGAAGGAGCUGCUGGGGAUGUGUUUUGGAGAUCGCUACUACAGGGAGUCAUUCGCUACGCGGCAUAGAACGUCCCGCCUCUUUAGCAUCUCCAACAGAAUAACAGAUUUGGGUAUGUCGCCCCACCUGACAGCCAUGCUUGCGGGCGGAGGGCAUCUCCUGGCCCCGGGGAGCAGCACGGGGGACACCGGCUUCAGUUACACUCAGGACUCAUGUACAGACGUGAUGCUGCUGGAUAACUUCUCCACAGACGGGUCCUCCCAACUACAGAACCCCUGCAAUCCGUCCGGGAAGAGGAGGAGCUCCGUCACUUUUGAAGACCAAGUGGAGCAGGCCAAAGCUGAAAACAACAACACAUCCUCAGUUCAAAUCCACGCACAGGAACACGAAUCUCUCGACAACUUCGCAUCAUGUUUGGCGAUGGCCAUAGAGAGCGACGCUAAGCUCACCAUGUUCGGCGAGGGUCUGGCUUUACCGGGGGGACUGUUUACGACCAGGGCAGCACCGAGACCCAGAUACCUGGACGGUCAGAGACUAAGGCUGGAAAGUAUCGACGAAGGGAUCGUUAAAGAUGACCGAGAUGAAGAAGAGCAUGACAUGGAGGAAAAACUAGCCUGAACACAGCAGGUCUGUACAUUUGUUUAAACACGUUUAUAGACUGCGAGCUGUGGUGCAUUUGAUGAAGUCUGAUCUCUCUACAUAUGGGUACUCAAUACUUGAAAUGAUUAGUGAAGAGCACGGUAUUCAUUCCACUACGCUGGACCAAUUACACAACAGCAGUGUCUUUGCAAGCUUUGUUAUGGAUUCAUGUAAUCAAAUAGGAAGCCUUUUACUACUGUAACCGUAAUGAUCCGAUUGCUGUAGUGAUCUUUAUUCUAUGUGCCUAGUGAAGUCUAAACUCCAGCGUACUUUUCUAUUAUUCUUAUUUGUCUUCUGCUGCCACACAUUUUUGCAGCGUCAAUAUGAAAUACACACAAAAAAUUAUAAUAUGUUCGUAAUGAUCGUUAGGGCUGUACCCGAAUAUUCGUUCGUUGGAGUACUAUUCGGGUUUAAAUUUC